AUGUCUGAUAGAGAACAGGUACCGCUACAUGGAGCUAAUAAUUCAGGGCUUAAUAGACUCAGACUAAGGUUGGAGAAAAGCACUCCUUCAUUGACGAGGAAAGUGUCCUCAAAUUUACAAGAACAACCUAGAAAAACGUCAAUAUUUACGUUACCGUCGUCAAUGAAUCUUCACAGAAGACAAAGAUCUGUUGAUGAACUAAUAACUGGAGCAAAUCAACUUAAUAUUUCCAAACCAAGAUCAAGGUCAGUAAGCCCAAAAAAAGUUAAGUCAAAUUAUAAAUAUAACUUCAAUAAUACCAAUAGCAUCAAUGAAGCACCUCAAAUUACAAAUGUCUCCAAUUUCAGCUCCCCUUCAAAAUCACUACUAAGUGACAGCUCAGAUGGAUUUUCCCCUUUGAUUGAACCGCAAAAUAGUUCCAAUUCAAUACCAAAAAUUGACAUCACAGAACCACAAUCACCCCCUCCAUUAACAACACAUGUUAUCAAAGAACCAAGUCCAACAAAACCUAUAAACUCGACUACUUUUGGGAGAUUCCGCAGAAAGACUUUGUCAAUGUUUUUUGACCAAGGUCCAAGCAAUAUGACUCGCUUAACGCCAAUAUCGCCAACUGAUCAGCCAUUUGAAUCACAGUCAAUUGAACGCCCAAAACUGUCCAAAUCACAUUCAGAAAAUGAUAGAGAUAAGAGUAACGAGAAAGAUGUCAAAGAAGCAGCUACAACACUGAGACUACAGCAAGAUCUUACAAGGAAGCGUUCAAAAACGAUGGGCUCAGUGGAGAACGAUCUUUACCAUAAAAGAAAUGGAUCAAUUGUCAAAACAAUAGGUAGUAUGAUGAUGCUGAGACCAAAACCACAAAAUUAUGAUUCAAGUGCAUCGAUUAGUCAAACAUCAUUAUCUAUUGAUUCAGAUCCUUUAAAUGUAUCAGCCCCACCAUCACCACCGCCGAUGCAAGAUGAUGAAGAUCCAAAACACUAUAUACGCGCCCUAAAAGACGAGGGAUUUGAUUUUGAAAUAACUUCAAUAUUGUCUGGAUCAGAUGCACCAAAGCUCAAGGAAUGUUUGAAUUGUUUCAUGGAAGAGAGGUUUGAUUUCCACGAAGUUCCAUUAGAUAUUGCCCUUCGGAUGUUUUUGAUGUUUUGUGAGCUACCACCAGAAGCUCAACAGAUUGACAGAGUUCUAGAAAGCUUCAGUGUUAGGUAUUAUCAAUGUAACGUAUCAUUAUGGGAUAAUUCAGAUCAAGUAUACUUCAUAACAUUUUCAUUAGUUAUGCUACAUACAGACUACUAUAACACCAAUAACAAAAAGAAGAUGACCCGUGAAGAUUUUGUUAGAAAUACAAGAGUUGAUGGAAAUGUGUCUACUUCAAAUUCUUUUUUGACUAAAGAGAUUCUUGAAUACUUUUAUGAUAACACCAUAUAUACCAAGUUUGUGAAAAAAUAUCAAUUAGCACCACAGCAUUCACCACAAAAUUUAUAUACACUCCCAAGAAGAUUAUUUUCGUCAUCCUCUUCACAUAAUUUGGAAAACCUUAACCAAAAUUCCGUUGCCCUUUCCAGUCCAAACUUAAGAUCCCAAUCAUUCUCAUCAACAACUUCACAGAUUUUUAGCUCAGCUCCAGUCAUUGAUCCAUAUCAAAUGAUUUUGUCAAACCAGAUAGAGAUCUUGAAACUUGAUGUGAAUUCAAUAAAUUUCCAAAAUCCAUUUAAGCAAGAUUCACAAGAAGAAGUAAAUUAUGAUGAUCUUGAUGCUGAAAACAUCACAAAUGUGAGAGAGGAACUAUUAAGCAACAAAGGUCUUUAUAUCAGGUAUAAUAAAGACUGUAAUUGGCUUACAUCCAAAACCGAAAUUAAAUUCAAGUCUGAUGAGGAAGUUGAAUAUGGAAAAAGGGUACUGUUAAAGGUCAUUAAAGUUUCUGAAAUCUAUAGGCAAGAAACUGUCACAAACUCUAAAUUUUUUACCAUUGGUUCAACAAGUAGAGUUAUAUGGAGAAAGUAUUUCGGGCUUUUAACAACAUGUGGAUUUUUUUUAUUCGAUACAUUGAACUUUUUAUCAGUUCCUGAGAGACAAAAGAUUUUUAGUGGUGAUUAUGGAGAUGAACCGUUUAUUGUUGAUAUAUUACUGGAUUUUAUACUGAGAUACACAGAAAAGUACUCAUUAAAUGGACUAUUCGCUUCACCGCUAAAUUCCAUAGAAGAUUUCACCUUUGAUAUUUACAGUACAAAUAAGAAAGAAACUUUUUCUACUAGCUCAUUUGAAGGAUUGUCAUCAUGGAUUUCAAGUAUUAAUUAUAUUGCUGCUUUAGACUCAUGUUUUAUCGAUAAAAUUGUAUCGAAUAAUCAUGAGGUAUCACCAUUAAGAACGAUAACUAUGGAGGAAAAAAUCUUGAAAUUGGAUAACAACAAAAAUGCUUCUCUUGUCAAAGUCCAUAACCAUCUAAAAAUCAUACAACACAUCAAAACAUUAGCACCAUUCUCCCACAAAACAAGAGAGAACUUGAUUCAUCAUUUCAAAUCAUUGAGCAUCAAGAUAGACUGGUUAUGGUAUGAAAUUGAAAGAAAUCUGGUUUAUACAGAGAUCUUACGUCGUGAACUAUCAGUUGAUGACACAUAUUCUAUGAGAACUGAAGAGGAAUCCUUAUUGGAGGAUUCUUUCAUAAACGAUGAAUAUUAUAGAAGUAGAAAGAAACAAAUAAACCAAGGUUAUUCAACAAGGGCACCAUUAACUCUGGUAAAUGAUUCAUCAUAUAACCUUGAUGAAGAUUAUGAUUCUGAGGAUGAUUUUGUUGAUGCAAGAGGAUGA